CCUGAGAUGCUCACGAUGCCAUUCUCUCUUCUCUUCAUCUCUAAUUCUUCUCAGGCUGAGUACUUUGGAAAGAUUCACAUUGGGACCCCACCCCAGGAGUUCACUGUGGUGUUUGAUACUGGCUCCUCUAAUCUUUGGGUCCCCUCAGUCUACUGCAAGAGCGCCGCCUGCCGAAACCACCACAGAUUCUUUCCCUCUAAGUCCUCCACCUUCCGGAGCACCGACAAACCUCUGUCCAUUGAGUAUGGUACUGGCAGCAUGGAAGGAGUCCUGGGCUAUGACACUGUCAUUGUCUCCGAUAUCGUAGACCCUGAACAGAUCUUUGGCUUGAGCACCCAGGAGCCUGGUGAGUUCUUUAUCUAUGCUGAAUUUGAUGGGAUCCUAGGACUGGGCUACCCCUCCAUAUCUGCGGAUGAUGCCACCCCUGUGUUUGACCACAUGAUGAAAAAGCACUUGGUCGCCCACGACCUCUUCUCUGUUUAUCUAAGUGGGGAUAAUCGGAAGAGCAUGCUCAUCCUUGGGGCCAUCGACCCAUCCUACUACACUGGCUCCAUUCACUGGAUCCCUGUCACUGAGCGGGGCUAUUGGCAGUUCUAUGUGGACAAAAUCACUGUCAACAACAAGGUGGUGGCUUGUGAUGGUGGUUGCCAGGCCAUCUUGGAUACUGGCACCUCUCUGUUGGUCGGUUCAAAUCAUGGCGUUGUCAACAUCCAGAAAGCCAUUGGAGUUACUGACGGGUAUUACAUCAAUUGCAACAAACUGAGCUCCAUGCCUUCAGUUGAUAUUCAUAUCCGCGGCAAGAAGUUCCCUCUCCCUCCCUCAGCCUACACCAUUCAGGACGAUGGAGAGUGUACCAGUGGCUUUGAGGAUAGUUAUUCCUCGCUGUGGAUCCUGGGAGAUGUCUUCAUCCGACAAUACUACAGCGUCUUUGACAGGGCCAACAACCGUGUGGGGUUGGCCACAGCGAUCUAACAAAGACAUUGAAUUCAGCCAGCCUCACCCCACUU